AUGUCCUUGAUGUACAUUAUAUCCCGGAUACAGGAUGGUCACAUUGACCCCAACCCUAAGUGGGGUGUUCCAGAGGAGGAGGUGGUCAGUAACAGAACCAAAUUGAUGUCCAGUCGCGGCCUGAAAAACUUUGUGCGCAUGCGUGCUGUCCAUGGCAACGAAGUUCACGUGAUUACGGGGGGAAACCGCGCGCAAUGGGAAAAUAAGUUAAUGGGCGGUCCCGUUGGCGACGCCUUGGUUACCAAACUCCUGAAUAUUGGACUUGAAUGCGACCCAGGCGACUGCGCCAUGUAUAUCUUCUUCCACGGCCCCUCAGGCACCGUGGGCCUCGCUCACUCGGGACGGGAAGGAUCUAUUAGGAAAGUAGCCGUGAAGACCGUUGAGGUAAUGGCCUCCUACAACGGCUGUUCUCUCGAACAAUACGUCGGCGAUGUUCGGAUUAUCCAAGCCCCCGCUAUAUGUGCCGAACAUUACCGAAUGGAUUAUCUCGACGUUCCGCGUGACGAUGUAGAGGACUGGCGACCACAUCUUCAGGGAGCCUUCGAUGUAGAAAGCACGGAUAAAGAAAACUACGUCCGCUUGAGGGGGAGAGAUGGGCCAAUGGGUAUAGACUUCGUAGGUUAUAAUGCAUCCCAGCUUUGUAAGAUCGGCAUCAAGAAAGAACACCUUCAGUUGUCGUCCGUGUGUACAUACGAGUCCGAGGAUUACCCGUCUCACCACAAAGCGGAAGUAGAGGGCGCUAAAAACGGGAGGUUUAUGGUGAUGGCGUGGAUGAGUGAUAACUGA